AUGGCUGUGUUAGUGUCGGAGAGACAACCUGGUGACAUCCCUCCGACCUUUAAAAUCGACCUUUCACUCCCUCCUUCAGAAAGAUAUGUUGUUUUGGCCUCUAUAUAUCGGCAGAAGCUGAGGUGCCUGAUAGAUAUAUUUCACGAGCUGAUCAGCUCCCUUGACGGUAUUAUUUCUCCAAAAUGGGUCUACAGAGCUGCUCCCAUCCUGCUAAGAAGGCUAUAUACCCGUGAAGAAACAGAAGAGAUCAAAGGAAUAUGUCGAGUUACAGGCAUCGAUCUCUAUAUUCUUAUAUCCCUAAAUGUCUUCCUCGACCUACUUAUGGGGUGCACCAGCGGAGCAGCCUCGGCGAAACAGAAACAAGACAUAGAUGCGAAAAUGCUUCACUUUCGUACUCUUGACUGGGACAUGGAUGAACUCCGCCAGCUGAUUGUGAAACUUGAGUACUUUCGCAGCUCUGAGAGUGACACCGUUUUGGCAACAAGUGUAACAUAUGUGGGGUUUGUUGGGGUCCUCACAGGGGUGAGAAAGGGAUUAAGCAUAUCGUUAAACUUCCGGCCAAAUCACAGUUCGAGCAGUAUUUUGGCAAAUUAUCGAUUUUACGGAAGUCACCUUCUCGUCUUACUGGGUAUGAGACGGUCCAUAUCAUCCCUACUUCGCAAAUAUCUCUUAUCAGCAGAUCUAGAACCUGCUCAACACCACUCAUGGCUUGGUCGAAUAUUGACAUUGGAACGAACAAGGAGAUCAUCUCAAACCCCUUUGGACCAAAUAGCAGAGAAUUUACCACAAAUACCAACGACAGCAGCUUAUUUGAUUAUGUGUGAUGGGACAUCAGCUAUCGUUUUUGAGAAGGAUCACAGGAGCGCUAAGAUUCAACGGUCAUCAUCGUUUAUCGUUGCUACCAACAGUGAUUCAGCAAAUCUCUCUCCAAACUCUGAAGUUGUCGACUGUGGCAAAAUCCACAGAGUAGCUAGCACCUCCAAUGAGACAUUGGAUAUGGAUGAUGUCAUCUUCCUCAGUAGUGAACGAAGAGCAUGCAUGCAGAAGGCAUGGGAUGAUAAAGUGCAGGCAAAAGCCAACAGUUUAUCCAUGUCUCAAGGCUCUACUACACCUCAACCAGAUAUAAGGCGACGAACUUGUUUAUCAAACAGUUACUCCCUUACCGCCUCAAAUAGUCUACGCUGCGACAGUCAAGUUACAGCAACGCCAUCAGAAGUCAUUGAAUGGGUAAAUAGAUACCCUAUCACCAAUGAAAUGACUCACUUUGCAGCUAUUAUGGAUCCUACUCUGGGUAAAGUGACCUGGAUUAGGAGAUAUACAGAUCAACCGACCCAUAAUGAUACGGGCCAAGUACUUUAA